AUGCUGUCAAGAAUUUCUAUGCAAAAAAGAUUUCUAUCCUCCACUGUCGCAAAAUUAGGCAAGAAGGUGUAUUUCGAACCAUCAGUUAACGGUUCCCGUAUUGGCCGUAUUGAGUUUGAAUUAUACGAUGAUGUUGUUCCAAAGACUGCUGAGAACUUCAGAGCCCUUUGUACUGGUGAGAAAGGCUGGGGCUAUAAGGGCGUUCCAUUUCACCGUAUUAUUCCACAAUUUAUGAUCCAAGGAGGUGACACUGACUUGACCAACGGUUUUGGUGGUAAGUCUAUCUAUGGCAACAAAUUUGCUGAUGAAAAUUUCACUAAGACUCACGACAAGCCAGGUUUAUUGUCCAUGGCUAAUGCUGGUCCAAACACCAACGGAUCUCAAUUCUUCAUCACUACUGUGCCUUGCCCAUGGUUAGAUGGUAAGCAUGUUGUCUUUGGUGAAGUCACAAAAGGUAUGGAUAUCGUUAAGACUAUUGAGAGCUACGGUACAAUGUCUGGCCAACCAAGAGCAAAGAUUGUUGUCGAAGAAUCAGGUGAGAUCAAAGAAUAG